AUGCAUCAGAUUUACAGCUGCAGUGAUGAAAAUAUAGAAGUUUUCACCACCGUGAUUCCUUCCAAGGUGUCAAGUCCAGCCCGGAGAAGAGUCAAAAGCGCUCAACACCUCUUGACCAAGAAUGUGGUGAUCGAGUCGGACCUGUACACGCACCGGCCUCUGGAGCUGCUGCAGCAUCGCAGCGACCGCAGAGACGUGGGCGACAGCCUCAGGUUCAGCCGGCUGCAGAGCGCACGGCCGCCCGGAGCCCAUCCCGCCAAAAACCCCGCCAGACCUGGGGGGAUUUCUGAGCCCAAAGCAUCAAACUUGUGUGGGAAUCGAGCAUAUGGAAAAUCUUUGAUUCCGCCGGUGCCCCGGAUCUUGGUGAAAGCUCCAGUGACCACGGUGGAGGUGGCAGCCCCGGGCUCAGAGCGCGGAGCUGUGCUGACCAGAGGAUCCAGGCAUCUCAAGAAGAUGGCCGAAGAGUAUCCAGCCCUUCCCCAAGGAGCAGAAGCCUCCCUACCACUGACAGGCAGUGCUUCCUGCGGGGUCCCCAACAUCCUCCGGAAAAUGUGGACAAGGCACAAGAAGAAGUCUGAAUACGUGGGAGCCACCAACAGCGCCUUUGAGGCUGACUAA